AUAAACAAGCUAGCAAGAGCCUUCCUUGAUCAGCUCUUUGGUGUAUGAGCUUGCAGCAGAUGGGGUGGAUUUAAACGCCCAAACCAGAGAUUUUUUUUUUGAUAUUUGAGGUAUAUUUCAUACAUUUUGUGAUCAGUGUUUAGUGUUAAGUGUGAGUGUUGUUGUGAUUUUCCUCAUGUAACUAAAAAAAAGUGCGAGUGUUGUGAGAGGUUAGUCAUUGCUAUCGGUGGUGAUAUCCUUCUCUGAAGAGCUAAGACAAAGUAGAGACAGACAAACCGAACGCUGAAAUGCACCCUUCCUAAGCUAGAAACCUAUGACAUUCUCUAACUGGAGCCUCCAAAACAUGAGAACCAAAAGGGAAAUAACGCCCCAAGUGAGCCAAAUGGUCUGUAAAAGAGUUGCCAUCCUAAGAGUAUGUUGAAACUUCAUAGCCCCGUGUUCCAUAUUAAGAUGACGAAAGCCAUAUCACCAUAAAGACGAGACAAAUUAAACUUCAGGAGAAGAGAGAAGAGGAAUGAAUGACCUUAAGAGAGUCAUUCCCAAUUGAUUAUAUUAAGUUAUUAUUUAAUAUAUUUAUUACCAAGAAAAUUUGCUAUUUUUUUUAAGUGAAAUUUUGUUAUUGCUUAAUGAAAAAGUAUAAAAAGUAUGAUAAUGACAUAGUGAUAAAAUUAGAAAAUGAGCAUAUAAAUAAUUAAUCUUAUCCAACCCUCUCAUCAUUUUCUUCAUUCUGAGAAAAAAACCAUAUAGUGGAGUCCCCACACUAAUCAUUCUCUUUUUCCCUCUACCAAAUGUAGGUGGUGAGGCCUCUCCCUCUCUCCCUCUCUCCCUAGUCCCUCCCUCCAAAUUCCAACUCUUUCUGGUUUUAAGUAUGUGCCUCCAAACAAUGCAUGAGUUACCACUAAACUCAUCUCUUUACCUUUUACUGCAACCUGCAAACAAUGCAUGAGUUAUCACUAAACUCAUCUCUUUACCUUUUACUGCAACCUGCAAACAAUGCAUGAGUUACCACUAAACUCAUCUCUUUUCAGUUCUUCUUCUUCUUAAUACGCUUCAAUGCAUCACUCUGCUUCUCAACAACAAGCGAGAAUGGCGCCGAAGAAGGUUUCAUUAGCAUUUGCUUUGAAAACUCUCUUCAUUAUUCUCGGAGUGGACAUGCUUGUUAUCCUUCUCUUCACUGUCAUUGGAGAUGGUCAUCCAUUCCGCAAAGAAAUUUUCACACCAUGGAUGGUAGCAACUUCGGUUGAUUUGUACAUCAACUUUGUAGCUUUGUGUGUCUGGAUUGCUUACAGGGAAUCAAACUGGAUCAGCUCACUUCUGUGGAUAAUUUCGGUUGUCUUCCUUGGAGGCAUUGCCACAUGUGCCUAUAUUGUUCUGCAAUUUAUGAAACUGACGUCAUCUCAAGCAUCUUCUGAGGAUCUCAUCUAUUAUGUUCUGUUGCGGACUCCACAUAAAAAUGAUACAAGAACUAAAAGGAAAACUUUUUUUGUUGUGAUGCUGAGAAUCCUUUUCAGCAUUUUGGGUGUUGUCAUGCUUGGAACUUUAGUUUACACUCUUGUCACUGCUGGUUCUCCAUUCCGUAUGGAGAUUUUUACUCCGUGGAUGUCAGCAACAUUAAUUGACUUCUACGUCAAUGUAGUGGCUCUAGCGGUCUGGGUUACCUACAAAGAACCUAGUUGGAUAUGUGCAGUCUUUUGGAUAAUUCUAUUGAUAUGCUUUGGCAGCAUUGCUACUUGCACCUACAUUGUAUGGAAGCUAUUGCAGAUUCAAGAUCCUGCUUACCUUGUCUUAGUGCGUCAAGCCGUCAAGGUGACAUGCAAGCCUGAAGCACCUGUUUGUUUUGAUUGUUUAACGUAUAAAUUUGGGUUGAGCUGGAGAAUCCUUUUCAUAGAUGACUGUACCUACUUAUUUAAUAAUAAUAAUGUAAACGUUGUUAUAAUCGCUCUCAUACUCAAAACAAUAUUUAUUAUGAAAAUAAUAAUCUAACAAACUAUAUACAUCAAAAUUAAGCAGUUCAAGAAAUAUUACUUGAAGCUGACUUCAUGUAAUAAUAUUUUUAGAAGUUAAUGUUUUGAACAUAUUGUGUACUGUCUUAAAAAUUGUCACGCUUGCCAGCUUUCACUUUCAAGCUCUUAAAGAAACAAAGAAAAGAGCAAAAGCGACGUCGAAACACUUGUCAACCAAUGAAAACCAUUCCAAAGCAAUAGUAAAGCAUCAACAAAUCAAGAAAAAGUACUUUCAAAAAAAAAAAAAACAAAUCAAGAAAAAGUCACGUAUGUUUUUUCUCCCACGACAAGAAAUAUGAUUUUAAGUAUUUUUUUUUUCUAUAACAUCU